AGGAGGAGGACCACGACGCAAAGGGAUAGUCCUCAAUCUCUCACCUUGUUUUUGGCAGCUAAUCACAUCCAUACAAACUGAGAGGAAAAGCGGUGUAUGUUUUGAAAUAUUCGCUAUCAUCGGUUGACAGCGCUCGGUCGGAGGAUUCAUCCCGGGAUAUUGAAUGGAAGCGGCGGAUGAAGGGGCGGCCAGCCUGUCUGAGGCCGGGGAUGGGAGUCCGUUAUCCGGGGCAGCAGCAUCCGAGGACUCGGGCACGACGGAUGGCAUAGACUCGGAUUCUACAUCGAAAAAGGCUUUCAUAACAGAGAUGCCUUCAUCGUCAGGCCAGCCGGCCCAUGGGAAGAAGAUCGGACACAGAGGUGUGGAUGCUUCUGGAGAAACCACAUAUAAGAAGACCACAUCUUCAGCACUCAAGGGGGCCAUUCAGCUAGGGAUUGGCUACACGGUUGGCAACUUGAGUUCCAAGCCUGAGCGGGACGUCCUCAUGCAGGAUUUCUAUGUGGUGGAGAGCAUUUUCUUCCCCAGUGAAGGGAGCAACUUGACACCAGCCCAUCAUUUCCCAGACUUCCGUUUCAAAACCUAUGCUCCUGUCGCCUUCCGUUAUUUCAGAGAGCUCUUCGGGAUACGGCCGGAUGACUAUUUGUAUUCGCUCUGUAACGAACCACUGAUCGAGUUGUCCAAUCCGGGAGCCAGUGGCUCAGUCUUCUACGUCACCAAGGACGAUGAGUUCAUCAUUAAGACAGUCAUGCACAAGGAGGCGGAGUUUUUGCAGAAGCUUCUUCCUGGAUAUUACAUGAACUUGAAUCAGAAUCUUCGCACCUUAUUGCCCAAGUUCUUCGGGCUGUACUGCAUACAAUCGGGCGGGAAGAACAUUCGGAUGGUGGUCAUGAACAACGUUUUGCCCAGGGUGGUGCGCAUGCACCUCAAAUACGACCUGAAGGGAUCCACCUACAAGCGACGGGCCUCUAAAAAAGAGCGGGAAAAGGCGAGGCCCACUUUCAAAGACCUUGAUUUCAUGCAGGACAUACCAGACGGUCUCAUGCUGGAUACAGACACAUACAAUGCCCUGGUCAAGACGUUACAGAGAGACUGUUUGGUCUUGGAAAGCUUUAAGAUUAUGGAUUAUAGUUUGCUGCUGGGAGUUCACAACAUCGAUCAGGCGGAGAAAGAGCAGCAGAUGGAGGGAUCUCAGGGCAACAGUGAUGAAAAGAGGCCGCUGGCACAGAAAGCACUCUACUCCACUGCCAUGGAGUCCAUACAGGGAGCGUCGGCCUGUGGAGAGGAGAUUGACACCGAGGACACGAUGGGUGGUAUUCCUGCAGUCAAUGGAAAAGGAGAGCGUCUGUUACUCUACAUUGGAAUAAUCGACAUCUUGCAGUCUUACAGGUUAAUAAAGAAAUUGGAGCAUACGUGGAAGGCUCUAGUCCAUGAUGGGGACACAGUGUCUGUUCACAGACCGUCUUUCUAUGCGGACAGGUUCUUCAGGUUCAUGAGCACUACUGUAUUCAGAAAGACUUCCUCACUGAAAUCCUCUCCGUCAAAGAGGGGUCGUGGGGGUCUGGCUGCGGCCAAGUACAGCGGUCCCGGAGCAGCCUGGUCGGCCAGCCAGUUGCCAUUUGUUAGAGAUGAUAACAUCUAUGACCUGAGAGGAACCCGAAGCUUCCCCACACUGGAAGAUGAUGGUCGGACGGAUGUGCUUCCCUGCACCCCUCCCUCGUUCGAGGAGGCCACUACAGCCUCCAUCGCCACCACGCUUUCCUCCACCACCUCCCUGUCCAUACCAGAACGCUCCCCAUCAGACACCUCCGAACACCUGCGCUACAGGAGACACACCCAGUCCAGCCAUGAAGAAACAAUGCAGGAUGAGGACCAGCAGACCAUCACAGUGGAGGUGGAAGUGGAGGGACGAUAUGACAGCGAACCCAACCUCGUGGCUCCCCAGGUAUCGCCGGAGAUCAGUGAGGCUGCAGAGACGUUUCUAGAAGCCUCAUCCUCCUCCGUCCCGGCGAGCCCCAGGAUAGUGGUAGAAUCUGACGGCGGCAGUCAGGCCUCGGGCUGUACAAGCCGUGCCUCUGUGGACGAGGAUGAUGAUGUGCCAAUUACAGACAUUUAUUUUUUCUCUGAUGGCAGCGUCUGUGUUUGUCAGCCCGUCACACACAGAAGGCGGCACACUCCUCCAGAAGACAAAGGCUGGGUAUAUUCUCCUCUGCACUUCAGCUCAGGGCCUAAAACCCUGGCAGAGGAUGAAGAGGAGAGUGAAUCAUAAUCAGACCUCAGGAAAGAGGGGCAGCUACAAGGUUUGAACACUUCAGAUGUCCUCAUAACGUCCGGAAGCUCUAUCGGUCGGAUUUUUUCGCAAUUUAAGCAUCAUUUUCAUCGUCCUUUCACCCAUUCCAUAAACAUCAAGCAAGUAGUAAUACCAAUGUCCAGACAUAUUUAUGAGUAAUAAUGAAGAUAUUUGUUUGAUUCUUUUUUUGAUUUUGUUUUUCAUUCAUUGUCUAAUUUACAUACCGUGAACAUGUGUUUUGAUUUGAGAUCUGGGAUUCAAGACUGGUCCAAGAGUGGGCUGUGCUUUAUUAGUUGUUGUUUUUUUUAGGGGACUUUGAUGCAUUUAAGUUGUUAAUACGCCUUGGUUAUCAGGUAGCAUUGUUCCGUAACUGUUGAAAUAUAUAUAUAUAUACAAUAUAUAUCUAUAAAAAUAUUAAGCCAGCAAUAGUGUUCAAUGUUUCAGAUUUAUGAAUCUGCAACAGGUGGCUUUGAUGUGUUAAAUUUGGCAAUAACCAAAGUCCCAUAAUUUUAAUUUUUUUAUUUUAAUGUAAAGAUUAGGACUGAUAAUGGAUGCUGUCGUGAUUUUAAAAUGGGUCAUACAACCCAUUGUAUGUAGAGAGCGACGGUUUACACAUCCCAUGAUGUUUAUGUUCUUGUUUUGUCACCUUUUUAUAUAUUCUGCUAUCAAUUAAGUUUUAAUUUAAAUUUGUUCCACAGAUUUUCCACAGAUCCUCAGAUUUUCCCACCAAAAUCAGUACGAAGUCAUCAGGGCCUGGUUAUUAAGAGACAUGUUAAACUGAAAGAUGGGACCAAACGUAUUGUGUGGGAGGCCAAAUCUUUAAAACAACUUAAUCACAAUCAGAAAUAUUUGUUAAAAAAAACGUUUAAUUGUAAAUCCAAAUGUAUAGAAUUUGUGUGUGCGCCUAUGCAUUGAGUGCGUUUGUGGUUUUGAGUAAGCGAGUCUCAUUUUAUGAUGGAAGUGUGCGACACUGAUUCUUAUAAUGUGCAGUGGCCAGUUGCUAUUGAUAUUGCUGUUGUAUCUAAAAUAAAGGGACUACUGCAGCAAUACAUUUGUAAAGUGUAGCACAUGCAUAUUUUGGUUGCCUUAAUUCUUUUUUGCCAACCUAAUUCCUAUUGUAGUUAUAAAAUAUUCACUGAUUCAGUCUUUCUUUUCUGGUUCACCAAUGAUAGUGAGAAUGUGUAUAUAGAUCUUUAAAUACAUAUAAAGUAUAUUUUAAAUGUUAUUUGAAGUUUUCUUUUGUAUUUUAUUUUGCACAAGUGGCUCGCAAAAGGUGUCCUAGGUCCACACGAACCCACCCAUUCUUCCAGCAUCGAGGACAUUUCCUUGCGUUUGAGUCUAGGGUGUUUCUUUGUUUACAAUUUAGUUUGGAUUGU